GUACUCGUCUUAUACACAUAUGUUCAAUACGCAUACUAGGUAUAACUAUACGCAUACUAGGUAUAACUAUACGUAUAUACUACAGUAUAUAUACGUGUGGAUAUGAUAUAACUUGAACUCGUCAAUUUGAGUUUGAACAUCGACCAAGACAUCUCCCAGUUCGCGUGGUCCUACCAAUGAAUUAGUGAAGAGAAAGGAAGUAUCAAAUAUAUUGUAUUUGUGUCGACUACAUCGUAUUACUCUCUCAGUACCUGCUCUCCCAUGUGUUGCUCGUCUCGCCAGACUCCCUUGAUCCCGUCGUCGUUACUCGAUCAAUCAACCCAAGUCCAUUGGCCGAGUUGACGAUUGAUUUGCUGCGCUCUGUCGAUACGAUUGACGUGCUGCAUCGUUGAUUGCGAUAAUGUAUGUACCUCGAUCAAUGGUGUAAGGUACCACGAAUACCCGUACCCUAGACAGUCACUGCGAGUCACUUCUACCAGAAACGCAAGGACAAGAACACGCACGACACGACACAACACGACACGACACGACACGACGUACUUCUAUCUGAUUGAUAAACUCAUGGAGAGACUCCAACAUUGCACACAUACAACCUCAGAUAUAAAGAGCAAAGCAACCCAAGCCAAUAAGUACCAUUGACUGGCACUUGCCAAUAGCUGCGUUCCCCGUAGCAACCUCGUUCGUAGCUUCGUAACUUACCGCAACUUCAAGUGAUUCUGUUCCCCAUGCAAUGCUGCAUCGUUUCUGCAUGGCCUUGCUGUACUCGAGUAUCAAUAAGUGAAAACGUCGCUAGGAUGGAUGUCAGUAUUUAAAUAACAUGUCAACAUAGCAACACAGUUGUUCCAUUCAAUUGUUCGACCGAACCAUUAACAAAUAAUUGAUUCUGCAAUUCACACAUAUCAUAACAUAACUACCAACCCAAAAACCAUGGCAACAUUACCAUCAAGGACGAGAUCAAUUCGCAAACCUUCAGAGAGAAUUACUAAUCUAAGUCGUCCCGAUAUCAAAUCAUCUGUGGCUGCAGCUCCCGAGAGUAUAGCCUCACCCAGCCGUUUACCUACUACCAUCAAACCGCGGAGAACAACCAUUUCCACCACCGCAUCGAGCACUCCCACAUCUACACGGUCAUCGACGACGAGUUCCAUUGGUGCCAACAAUGCUACCAUACGUCCCCCAUCGACCCGGGCAAAUGUGACCAAACCUUCCACGACGGGUGGUCAGGCUCGAUCAACGUCUGUUCGAAAUUCUGCUGCGACGUCCGAACCCGUAAAAGAUCGUUCAAGACCACCUCUAACUUCUACAAAUCGGCACGUACGUACCUCGUCGAUCACUUCUGCUACUACGAGACCGUGCCAUAUACGGACAAAUUCUUCAUCGACAAUAUUGAACAAUUCUUCCACUGUCCUCCGCCCACCCAGUCAAACAUCACAGCGAUCCCGCCCGCCCAGUCAAACGUCACAAAGAUCUCGUCCACCGAGCCAAACGUCGCAGAGAGUACAACCGCAAGAUGUCCCAGUGAGAGCACGCCCACAAUCUCUAUACGCAGAUUCAUCCAUUCGCAAACCUGCAUUCUCGACUCUUCAACAGCACUUUUCCCCAGCAAAAAACGUUGGUUCUAAACCACAUACUGCGUCCUUUCUCGCCGCCCCGACUCCCAGCAAACUCCCAGCGAACAUCGCGAUAACCGCGGAAACCGCAAAGCUCCAGAAUGAAUUAUUACAAUUGCACUUGUUGCAUCGGGAUGCGGAAUUAGUAAACAGACAAUGGAAAGCGAGUGCGAAGAAAAAGCUUGGGGCAAAGUUCCAAUCAGUAGUAAAGAGACAUGAUGAGUUAGUUCGCCUGGAGGUAGAGGAAGCGGGACGAAUCAAUGCUGCUGCUUUCAAAGAGUGGGAAGAUAUAGGAAUUCCUGGGUGGGGCUUAGAGGAGAAGAUACAACUACUCGAUGAAGUGCUCAAUGAAGCUUGGAAUCUAGGCGAGCCUGGAGGAAAAUAUGCGAGGCUCGUGAGGAAGUUUGAGAAGUGGGUUAUCAGAUGUGAGGAGAUAUUGAGGGAUAGGGAUCACGAUCAGAUGUUGGACGAGGAAGAGGAAAUAGUGUUCAUCGAGGAACUAGAUUUGGCAUGGAAAGAUGAAUGCUUGGUAUUGAACAGGAAAUUAGCAGGAUGGCGAGAUGCCUUGGAAGAUCUCGGAAGUUUAGAAAAAGAGUCUACAAUGGCAAGUGUGGUUGGUGGGCUCAGGGCCUUGGUCGGUGGUAUGCUUCUAGAGAUGCAGACCAUGGCACAAAUAGAAUCAGAUGCGAUGGCAUUAGAACAGGAAUGGAUUAAAAGUGUAAACGGGAGCAUGGAGGACAAUGAUAAUACGCCGGUUGCAGGAGCAAUAUGGCGGUUUAUGUAGGGCAUCGUGGGCCAAGGACCUCAUUCUCAAGGCUUUACAGAAGACCCAGCCAUAGUCGGCGGAAGUCCAGACAUGGCAUUAGAAUAUUCUCAGAUAUGACACCGAUCUUUUAAGUACAAUUGAAGUGAUCCGAAAAAGACCACUGCAUCUUUGCCCAGUAGUCGCGAUAUGGAGAGCAAUCUCAAGCCCUUAAUUCAAACCACCGUGUUUCUUGCUAUCUAAUAAUCGCCGGAAUCUCCCAAAAGGUAACCAAGGCAUGGGAACGGGACUAUGAAACUUGUGCCCACAAAUUUGUGAUGUAUUACGCAUGCGCGAUUUACGUUCUACACGUGUAUCCUCGAGGUAGACCAAUGACAUGAGGGUUAGUAUAGGUUUUAUUCA